UCCAAUGCACCUUACUGUAGGGAUUUUGUUCUAAUCAGUAGCCUGAGUGUAUCAGGUUGAAGUGAACACUCACUUCCUCUUGUUCUAUUUAAUUGAAAAAGACAUGGUCUCUGCCCUUUUUCACUUCUGGUCAGUGGCAUAAGUUCCUCAUUCAACACUUUGUAGAAGACAUAAAUACAACACCCUUGGGGCAGGAUGAGAGGCUGAGGAGGAAGAAGUAGAACUGCUGACCCAAGCCCUGUGAGAUCUUCCCGGCUCAAGGACUGCACAAGUUUCAAUGGCCAGAAGCAGAGGCCAAGAGUGGACUUGCAAAUAUGCUGUCCUCUUCCCUUGCUGGCUCUCAGAUAGUUGACAGGGGGCCCGCAGCCAAGGAAGGAGGCCUGCAAAUUCAUGACAGGAUUAUCGAGGUCAACGGCAAAGACUUAUCCAGAGCAACUCAUGACCAGGCUGUGGAAGCUUUCAAGACAGCCAAGGAGCCCAUAGUGGUACAGGUGUUGAGAAGAACGCUGAGGACCAAAAUGUUCACACCUCCGUCAGAGUCGCAGCUGGUAGACACAGGAACCCAAACCGACAUCACCUUUGAACACAUCAUGGCCCUCACUAAGAUGUCCUCUCCCAGCCUGCCUGUGCUGGAUCCCUAUCUCUUGCCAGAGGAGGAUCAACUCAACAGUCUCGCCACCUUCUUCCUGUCAGCAGCCACCAACAUGCUGGAAGUCAGGUCUGUCAUUGCACUCUGCUGAUUCCAGAAGCUAGGAAUCCAUGCCAACCUUAUUAUUUAGAAAACCACCGAUAGGGGCAUCCUGCAGAUGACAGACUCCCAAGACAACAGGAUCUGCAUCUAAAAUAACAGGAGUAGAUUGCAGAUUGAUUCACGGGACCCAGCACUGAGCAGCCCAAACUCCUUCUUUCCAAGUUCCAUCUCCGAACUCCUGGAGUCUCAAAAUUGAUAGAACAGCCUGAAGCCAUUGAACAGAGUUAUGUUGGCAAUCACCUUUCUCAUUCUCUCAUAUGGGUGCCAAUACAUCAAUAGGACCCAGGCAAGGGAACAACAAGGUGGCUUUAUUUAGCAUUAUGACAAGCAAAUACUUGAAUACCAAAAAGCACAUGAGCUUUACAGCAGCAGGGAAAAAAGAAAAAAGAAAAAGCCCCCACAUGGAUGCCUGCCUCCAUCUCCAGUGGCCCUGCGCUGUGCAAAAAGGAGAUUGCUAACAAAAAGGUUAUUCAGCGCUUCUCCGAAUAAACCCAAAGGUAACAAGUAUGGACGGAGCAGAUGUCAGGAGGCUGAGCGCUACUUUGGAAAACUGCCGAGAUAUUUAAAAAUAGCGCUUUCUUAUUAACCCGAGCAUAAUGCUGAAAGUCCUUUAAAAUAAAACUUCCCAGAUGCCACCUGCAUCUGACAUGGCAAUAGGAUGAAUGCCAGUGUGCCCACUGAUACUGGAAACGCUCUCAAGAAACAGCCUCGACUGAUUGUUCCGGCACAAACAAAUCACAAACUAAUUUAUGUAUUCCUGCAGCUGCACCCCAGCCGAGGCGGGGGAGUCGGACCAAUUCACAGUUGACUAGUGCUGCCUCAUUCUUUGCAGAUUUUGGCAUUUAACUAUAAUUAAGAUUUAUUGUUCACUAGCUUGCAGGUCAGGGCAAGCAUGACAAUAUGGGUGACUUUUCUGUUUACUAGUGAAAUGUCUGGUAGGAGGAAGCCUCAAACCUUCCAAGCAGAACUUGACAGAAAUAAAUAGCACCUCCUCUCUCCAGGACUACCGCAUUACCGAUUUUAAUCAGAUGUGAGGAGUCACUUGAAGGGAGGGCAGGGACAGAUCGGAAAGAGCUAGUGAACUGUGCUGUUGCGUUUGUACCAGAAGGGGAAUGGCCAGAAGCCAAGUCAAUUAUUGCUGAUCUUCUGGAUUUGGAGAAGGGAUUGUCUGCUUGAUGUGGGAGGGAGGGAGCCCUUGAUGCUGACAAAGGUUCUGCAGAGACUGCGACCUGCAGUUUUUCAUGGCCUCUCCUUGCCAUUGGAAGGAGAACCAUUCCUCAUCUCUUCUCACUCUCAAGGAUGCCGUUGGACCAGAUCAGAUGGCCCUAGGACUAGGGAGGCAGGGAUCAGCAGUCAGCGGCAGCUCACCUGCCUUUACGGUCUGUCUGCUGCGGUCCUGGGCAGGUGACCCACGGCACAGUGGGUGUGAAGGAACAGACCGUUCGUGAGCAGACAGAUGAAGAAGGGCAUCCGAUCCCCACUGCUUUAUUAGAAGGCAGAAAUGCUAACGUGCAAUGUGCUUCCAUUUUCUAGCAUCUGUAAUUGAUCGUAUAUCACCGUUGGGGCUCCUUGGGAUAAUUUUGUCGGUGUCCAUAUAAAACAGAAAAACAUCACUCACAAGGACCAGAGGUUUGGAGCCUGAGCCUGUUGUGUUUCUCUUGUUCCCUGACAGAGGAGGAAGGAAAAUCCUUUGCCCUUCUGUAGCACCACUGACUACAGAAUGUAAUGGUGUAUAACCAUGUAAAAAACGCCUUUGUAUCUCACCUUAACCUGUAAAGCGUUCAAAAUAUGGCUUUUGAAUAUUCACACAACACGUUAGGAAACAAUUAAAGGUGAAAUGAGUGA